AUGAUGAGUGGGCAGCACUGCCAAGCACGGUUGGACACCAUUUUGAUAUACAAAACUUCAUUUUUCGCCAGAAAUUUGGAAGAUUAUAAUCGAUUUUAUAGAACACAUUAAAAGUGUGUAAAUAAAUAAAUAAAUAUUUAAUAUACAUAUAUUAAUGGCUGCCAAUUGGAUAAAAAUUACUGAGAGAGCACGGGAGGGUAUAAAAAUUAUAAAUGCGUUACCAUAUGAUACUUUUACAACGGUGCUAAGUUUUGUCCAUCGGCAAAUGACACCUGCGACAACUGAGGACGUUAUAGAGCCAGAAAAUGCUUUGGAGGAAUUGGAACGUUUAGUUGGUGUACCACGUGCCGAUUUUCUUCUAAUGAUUAAAACUUUUUCCUACAUUUUACGACGCACGUCUACAUUUGUCAUCAAACCAACCCGAUUGCAUGCAGAGUUACGUGAAAAGCUGCAGCUUCAAGAUGAUGCUAAAAUCGAUGCAAUUGUUCGGUUAUGGGUGCGCCAAACUACACCAAUAAUGAAUAGUUUGGCUUGUGAACGUUAUGAAUCAAAUGAGAUACAAGAUGUUGCAUGGAAACUAAAUGUGGAAAUCUCAUCACAUUGUGAGCAACGUGAGAAAAAUGCCUUGGCCAUGUUGCAAUUAAAAACAGGUACAGGCGAAGACAUCAAUUUGGAGAUGAACCAUGAAGAGUUGUUGCAAUUAUAUAAUCAGUUCGAGUGUAUUCAAAACGAAUUAGAUGCCUUAAAACAUCAACAGACGGAGCAAAAAGCUUAGAAAUUGAUAGAAAGUAAAUUCGUAAGUACGUUCAAUGCAUAACAAGAGUAGUAUUUUUAAAUUAUGUUAAACUUAGUUUAGUAAUACUUUAUUAUUAAUAUUAAUAUUAGUUUAGGAAAAUUUAAUAGACAAUUAAUGAAAAGUAAUUUUCGUGCAAAGAAUGCAAUGCAAUUAGUCAGCUUUAAAGCAAAGAUUU